AUGUAUUUAGACCUUGCAUCAUCCGUUUCAAAGGCCGCUAAACCAGUACACGGAUUCUCCACCCUCGCAGUAACUUUCUUCACACUCAGCAUGUAUCAGAUUGCCACGAAAUCAGCCUUACAAAGUUCUGCUCAGAGCUCUGUAAGAGUCACGCUAAUCACUCGAUCUACAUUGACUUCAUCCCAUCAGCUUGCCGAACGACUCGUCGUGCUGCCUGACAAACCGAAUGUGUUAGCACGCCGAGUUCAAAUCCGCCCCCAACACUCCCCAAACUUCGUAAAACUUCACAACGAAGGCUACGUCUCGUGGGCUGGUUCGCGAGCUCGCCAAUCACAUCUCUUGGCUUGGCUGACGUGGGAAUUAGGACCCUUGUUCAAGGAACAUGUCGAUAAGCCAAUUUCGGAACGCCCUUUCAAGGGAUCGGCCAUGGUUGUGAACGAGGAGAGUUGGAGUGGUUUCAUGAAGACCAUUGGAAGUGAUCCUUACGUCAAGGAAGGAAUUUGGGAUUUGGAGAAGACGCAAUUCAUCCCUUUUCGCACACUCUUCCGAAUUGGCAACGAGGGCAAGUGA